AUGUUGGAUGAUCCUAGUUCCAUUCUUUUGCGGCAUGACAUCUUCAAGAUAUCGAGCAGCUUCGACAAACGCUGCUCCCGUCGUGCUGAUGCGCGGCUGGGUAUUGCAAAGGAGGUUACUGAUGAUGAAAGGGAUUGCGAGAUGCCAAAUGCUGAGUCGGAUGAGAAUCUUGACCAGAGUCCGAAGCACGAAACAGAAGAUAAGUUAUCAUGUGGUAGUGAUAUUAUAAAAUUACAGCCCUGA